AGUUAUCUGGGUUGGGUUUGAGAGCUCGGUGAGACAGUUCUAUUCUCACUGCGACACAAACAGCAAACUGUCUGCUCCCAGUCGUUUUAAAAGUAGAUACGCAUCAUUUAUGGGGCAUGUCACCUAAACAUUUUUGUCAACACCAAACUGCAGGGACGCACGGCUGUUGACGCAUUUAUUUUCGCGUAGCGCACACAAAUGCGCGCGUUCACACCACAAAUCCACAUACGCAGCGAAUGACCAGGGAGCGUGGUGGUAGGACGUAGCGUAGCCGGGCCAUCAAAACGAACAAAAUAGCAAGAGGUGCACCCGACGAAUUUUUAAGCUGUUCGGCUCUCCAGCUGACGGCAAACCAGGCAUGGACGACAAGUCAUUCACCAAGGAGUUGGACGGAUGGAUUGAACAGCUGAAUGAGUGCAAACAGUUAUCGGAGAAUCAGGUUAAAGUCCUGUGUGAAAAGGCUAAGGAGAUCCUGACAAAGGAGUCCAAUGUGCAGGAGGUGAGAUGUCCAGUAACAGUCUGCGGAGAUGUCCAUGGUCAGUUUCAUGACCUAAUGGAGCUGUUUAAGAUUGGAGGGAAGUCUCCAGACACUAACUACCUCUUCAUGGGAGACUAUGUUGACAGAGGCUAUUAUUCUGUGGAGACAGUUACCCUGCUGGUCUCUCUUAAGGUACGGUUCCGUGAACGCAUCACCAUCCUAAGAGGGAACCAUGAGAGCAGACAGAUCACACAGGUGUAUGGCUUCUAUGACGAGUGUUUAAGGAAAUAUGGCAAUGCCAAUGUUUGGAAGUACUUCACGGAUCUGUUUGACUAUCUGCCCCUUACAGCACUAGUAGACAACCAGAUUUUCUGCCUCCACGGCGGAUUGUCCCCUUCCAUAGACACACUGGAACACAUCAGAGCGCUGGAUCGCCUGCAGGAGGUUCCUCAUGAGGGUCCAAUGUGUGACUUGUUAUGGUCAGACCCAGAUGAUCGUGGUGGCUGGGGAAUCUCACCCCGUGGUGCUGGUUACACCUUCGGGCAGGACAUUUCAGAGACUUUCAACCACGCAAAUGGCCUAACUUUGGUCUCAAGAGCCCACCAGCUGGUCAUGGAGGGUUAUAAUUGGUGCCAUGACCGCAAUGUAGUCACGAUCUUCAGUGCACCAAACUAUUGUUAUCGUUGUGGAAACCAGGCAGCAAUCAUGGAACUUGAUGACACAUUGAAAUACUCCUUCCUACAGUUCGACCCUGCGCCCCGCAGAGGGGAGCCACAUGUGACGCGGCGAACACCGGACUAUUUCCUGUAAAGAUCUCUGGUGAGGAAGGCAAAAGAGGCCAGACGUAAAAAAAGUCAUUCAUCACCCUGUGGACCAAAAUAUGUGUGCCAUAAUCACAAUGAAAUGGAAACUAUCACAUACAACUCUUUCUUCUCUGUGCAUGAUGUUUUUAUUACUAUAAAUGAUUGCUACUAUGAACAUCACCGUCAUAUUAUCUGCUGGUUUGCCAGGAAACACGAAUGAUGUAAUGCUGAAAAUAACAGCUAAAUGUAAGUAACCUUUCUGUUUGGGUGAUAAUGACCUGAGUGUGUUUCCAUUUACAGAAUCUGUCUGCAUCUUUCACAUGGCAUGGCCUCAAAUCAAAGGUUGCAGUAAUUAUACGUGAACUAUUUCCUUUUUGUAAAUGAAAUGCAACCGCUUAUUUUGUGCAUUGAGAUGAUAGGAGUAGACUUCUGAAAAUGAAUUUGUUCUAUUUGCACUUUUGUAUUUAAUUUUUAUCACACAGCACUGACAGACUAUUUUCCUUUUUAUACCCUAGUUAUAGUGUAAGUAGCUCUAUCUGCUCUGUUGUCUCUUAUGGGAGUAAAUGUAAUUUAUUUAAGUGGCAAUAUUGGUUCAAAUUACAUCAGUUGUAAAAAAUAUAUAUAUAUACCUUACUGUUUUGCAGUUACAGCUACACAAAUUAUAGACAUGCUGCUUCUUCAUUUAUUAUCGUCAAGGUAUGUUUUUGUGGCAUUAUUCUCUCUGGUCAGCCACCACUAGAUGGAAACAGAUGCUUAAAAAAAGCUUAUUAUCAACACAGACACAAAAAUCUGUCACAGCCUAAUAAAUGUGCAGAAAAUUAGGCAAGUUCUUCUUGGGUUUUUUUUCUCUUUUUUUUUGUUUCGUAUGCAGGCAUUUAUCAUAAAUAUGAAACCUUAAAGGGCCAAGCUAUGAAAGGAGACUCCUUUUAAAUUCAAUUGUGUCAUAUGUUUUAUGUUUUUCAGAUGCAUAUAUAUUUAUUUGCAUGGACGAGAGAAUGCUUCUUUUAAUUUGAAGCGAUACUUAGUACAAGUGCCGCUUAUAAUGCCAGGCAGAUGUAUUCAAAGUCGUUUGUGUGUUUGCGCGUGUGUGUGUGUGUGUGUGUAAAUCCAAAGUUUUACCAGUUAUUAAUCAUUUACUGCCUUUGAAUCAAGUCGACAGAAAUGUCGGAGCACAAACGGAUGUAAUGCUCAGUAAACUGCUAAAAAAUAAAAGCCUACUGUAAAGUUCGGCGUGAAAUAAAACAUAAUUUGUCACCCCUGA